AAGACUGUGACUUCGCUCACAUCAGGAAUGUUUGACGAUAAAAGGAAGAUGAAGCUUUAACUCUCAAUUAUGGGGAAGCGAAGAGGAAGAGGCGCCAUUUCUGCUCCGGUGCCCCCUUUGCUACGAGGCCAACAAGGUAUGGUCUUUCCGCUCCGGGCCUUGCUUUUCUUUCCUUUGCAUUUCUCUCUGUCGGGUAAUGCGAAUACAAUUUCUUGUGUGAUUUGGUACUGCCAUUUCCAAGGUUGGAAUUAGAUGUUCAUUGCAGGGCAUGGGAAGGGAAAUUGAACAUUCAGGAUCGAGUCUUGUUUUCUUUCUUCCUCAUCGAUGCAGUAGUUCACUGAUCGAUCUCGUACGAUCGAUACCGUCCUUGUUGCCUAUGUCGCAGCCCUUUUCUCAACCUAGAAAUACCAGAUCAUAUGUUUCCCGGGUGGAUUUUGGUCGUGAUUGUUGCAUCUAAUAGUUUCCCUUCUUCCCCACUGAUUGACCAUGCCACCGUUGUCCAAACAUUUUCACUUCUUGUGGACUGGAUCGUGAUUGCGUCUACCAUGUGUUCGUUAAAAGGACCACUGGGUGCUGUCAUGGAAAGUGCCCAAUUUGUGGCGUAGGUUUUAGGCCAAGGAUGCGAACUCGAUCUACCCAUGAUCUGGAUUUGAGUGUUGUUCGUGUGGAAGAUACUAAAUCCAUUGUGGUAUUUGAUCCAUCUUUUAGUAGACAUGCAUCUAGCUGCUUUACUUGGUUGCUAAACAAAAGAAUGAACAGUUGACCAAAAUUAGCAUCAAGGCUUAGUACCUGUCGAAAGCCUUCUUUCCUAUGGGGGUUGCUGCAUGAUUGCACUUCUUUAGAUGUCACUUUCAGUACAACAACUGAAGGGGGGCAGUGAAGCACCAUUGACUGCACAUGCCAUCAGUUUGUGAAGUGAUCAUGAAUAGGACAGAAACAUGUCAUCAACAAGGUGUUGUAUGUUCGCAAAGUUGAUGUAGUCACUCUUGAUAUGCCUGAUAUCUUGAAGAUAUAUGGAAUUUAGUAGGGAGUUUUAGGAGAUAGUUAUAGUAGUUAGGUUGUGUCCAUGUAUUGAUGGUCACUCAAACUAUCAGCUUCUUCCUCAUCUCCUCUUUGAAUUCCUAAUCUCCAUCAGAAAACAGCUUGGCUUCUGACUCACCUUGAACUCCAUCACUGGAUCAUCUUGCAGUGAGACUGUGUUGCAGACUUGAGUGGCUAACUUCAACUCCUCUUCCUUCUUCAGUGUCUUUCUCAUCAAUGCAUAUUAAUAUUGUGUCUCCAUUAAUUUCUCCACGGCAAUAAGCCUGUGACAGAAGUCUAGUUGAUAUAAAAAUCCAGUCUCUACCGACAACUCACAUGGAAGACUGUCAUUCUUCCUGUCUCCAGAAAGUUGGCACAGCUCAGCGGAGGGCAAUACUGAAACAGUUUGCCUCUUUGAGCUCAAUAGAAAACAAAAGGAAAUUACUCCAAAAGGAACUCUAUGACCUUGAUUUAGUCCACCUCACAUUGAGAUGGUUGACUCUCACUGCAGACAUGAUAUGAUCAUUUUGAUUUUGUGAGUUUGCUUGUGCAGACUAUUGUAUUAUAGCAAUUUGAAUGAGGGGGAUGUUACAGAUUAUAUUCAACUACUGCAAUUUAGUUUAAGGAUUAACAAGUAUAUCACAUGUUUCAAGUGAAGAUCAAACAUUUCUGAGGUUUGACAAUACAGUCGAGGUUUGACAAGUAGUGAGAGACAAUACAUUUCUGAGGUUGGAUUUUUCUCCUUAACACUGACAUGGUAGUAAUGGCCAGUACUGAGUGAGAAUUCAUUUAGUCCUCUCUGGCUUGGUGGAAGAGUGGACUAAUCUGCUUGUCUCUUUCUCCUGUAACCCCAAUUGAAUAGUGUCUUUGUGGCCAUAGGUGUUGAGAGGUUUGAAAUGAAUGACAUGUGGAAACAGUACGCUUAUUCAAGUCUUCAAAAAAUGGACUGACCUCACUUGAAUAAGAGAAGGUGAUAUCAUAACCUGGAGUCAGGUGAUUGUGAUAGCAUUAGGAAAGGAAGGUCAAUAUCUCACCUAACAAGAAACAUAGUACAAAAUAAGGCCAUCAAUUAAAAGGAUAUUAAAUGUGGGUUAAUCCAAACCAAGGUGCAAUGGCAAAUGAGCAAUGGAGGGGUAAUCGUGCACUCGACGACAAUUAACACCCUUCUCAUGGCAUCAUAUAGAGCACAGGAAAUCAUACUCCACCUUGAAUCGAACCCACAACCCAAGUAGUAGUACAUAUUACUCAAACAGGGCCAUCACGUCUUCCUACCACCACUUAACACCGCCUCUCUCUCUCUCAUUGUUUUGCUGCACAAGUUUGGCUGUCAGCACCGUCAUCGUCGCCGUCUAAUGGCGACGGGAUGGGUCAAGUCCCUGCAUUGCAAGUCUAACGCCGUGGAAGACGUCGUCUAUCCGCCGACGCCGUCGUCCAAGAAGCCGCUGCUCUCCACCGUCUCUUGCACCAACUCCUCUCACGCUGUUAAGGACGUCGUCUUCCUCUUCCCCAAGCAGCCCCGCUCCUCCUCCUCCUAUGCGCUGAACAAGAAGCCACUGCCCGAGACGAGGCAGAACCACAAUCGCAAGCAGAGGCCCGCAAGAGCGUCUCCAUCGACGCCGGCGGACGGGCUCGUGCGGCCCGUCCUCGCGGACCCGUUCCCGACGAUGGAGGAGCUGCCGAAGGGCCACUCCUCGCGGCGGGUGGUGGAGAUCAUCUUCAGCUCGAGCUGGUCAGCUUCCGCCGGGGGCGCGUUCCCGGGCGAGAUCGAGAUGCUCUUCCGGGUCGACAACCCGGCCCGGACGCUAGCCCGGUUCGAGGAGCACCGCGCGUUGGUCCGCGGUCGGGCCGUCGAUGGCGCCCGCUGCGCCGCGGACGGGAACGAGGUGUUGAGGUUCCACCUCGGGCGCGGCGCCGGCGGCGUUUACGACGCCGGGGUGGCGCGUGACGUGGUGCGGUCGUCGGCUGGGGGGGAGGCGAAGGGGGUCCGAACCUUCGCGGGGAGCGGCGGCGCGCACGCGAGUGGUGACGGCGGGGACGGUCGGAAGGGGAUGUUGGUGUGCCGGGUCAUCGCGGGCCGCGUCAGGGGCGAGUCGGACCACACCCAGUCGGACGCCGACUCGGUGAGCCUGGGUAACGGGGAGCUCGUAGUAUUCGAUCCCAGAGCGGUCCUCCCCUGCUUCCUUAUCAUCUACAAGCUCUAAACUCAACCCUCAACAAUGGCUUCCUCCCUUUCGUCUUCAAAGAUGUCUUCUUUUCUGGUGGUCAUCCUCCAACUCGGUUUACCGACCCGGCGAUGCCAAUGACUGUGGGGAGACGGUCUGAUCGUGUAAAAAUCCCUCUUUUUGGCACAGGUAUAGAAUUUUUGUCUGUUCUUGGUGUGCUUGAGUGUGACUGAGGCAUAUUGUCUGUGUUACAAGAAACCUGCAUCUUGUGAUGUUAGAUCUACUUGG